AACUCAUCUUUAUAAGUUUUUCUAAGUUUCUAUAUAGUACUAUGUUUUUUUGCAAAGUGUACCAACAUCAAUAACUCCAUAGUACUACUUUUGAACUAUAUAGUUCAUCAUAUUAAUUAGUCACAUAUUCCUAGCUAAUUAUAUUUUCAUUAUUGGUCUUAAUUAAUUCUUUCUUGCACCCUACUCACUAUGCCUUCACUCUCAGAAGCCUAUAGAGCCCACCCGGUGCACAUUAACCAUAAGCACCCUGAUUUCAACUCACUACAAGAACUCCCUGAAUCUUACACUUGGACAAACCUUGAUGAUCACACAAUUAAUUCCAAUAAUAUUAUGAAGGAUUCUUCAAGUAAUAGUAGUGUCCCAAUUAUUGAUCUUAGUGACCCAAAUGCUUCAAAACUAAUAGGCCAUGCAUGCAAAACAUGGGGGGUGUAUCAAGUGGUGAACCAUGGCAUCCCUUUAAGCCUUCUUGAUGACAUUCAAUGGGUUGGACAAACACUCUUCUCCCUUCCCUCUCACCAAAAACUUAAAGCGAUUCGUUCCCCGGACGGUGUUACAGGCUAUGGCCUUGCUCGUAUCUCCUCCUUCUUCCCGAAACUCAUGUGGUCUGAGGGAUUUACCAUCGUUGGGCCACCUCUUGACCAUUUUCGACAACUCUGGCCUCAAGAUUAUGCAAAAUACUGUGAUAUUGUCUUGCAAUAUGAUGAAACCAUGAAAAAGUUAGCGGAGAAACUAAUGCUACUAAUGUUAGACUCUCUUGGUAUUACAAAAGAAGAUAUCAAAUGGGCCAGCUCAAAAGCCCAAUUUGAAAAAGCUUGUGCAGCUAUGCAAUUGAACUCCUACCCAAUUUGUCCUGAUCCGGAUCGCGCCAUGGGUCUUGCCCCACACACGGACUCGACAUUUCUAACGAUCCUAUCCCAAAGCGACAUAAGCGGGUUGCAGGUUCAACGAGAGGGUUUUGGGUGGGUCACGGUGCCCCCACUCCAUGGAGGACUAGUUGUCAACGUAGGCGACCUAUUCCAUAUUUUAUCGAACGGAUUGUACCCUAGUGUGCUCCAUCGGGUUUUAGUGAACCGAAUCCGUCAAAGGUUUUCGGUUGCUUAUUUAUAUGGGCCACCAUCCAAUGUGGAGAUUUGUCCACAUGCAAAAUUAGUAGGCCCAACACAACCUCCCCUUUAUAGGUCAGUGACUUGGAAUGAGUACCUUGGCACAAAAGCAAAACAUUUCAACAAAGCACUAUCAUCCGUUAGACUUUGUGCACUUAUUAACGGUUUGUUUGAUGUAAACGAUUCUAACAAAAGUAGUGUGCAAGUGGGCUAAAUAGUUUUUCAACUUUUUCGAUCCUUCCUUCUUGCAUGGUCUAUUUUGUACCAAUCAUAAAAGCCAAAAGGCAAUUCUAAAAUGAAA